AUGGGCGGCGCCGUGGAGGCGCGGCAGCCAAUGGCGGCGCGGGGCCUCGGGCGGGCGGCCAAUGGGCUUCGGCGGGCGCGCGGAGGCUUCUGGGUCCGGCCGCGUCGCGGGGAGAUGGGCGUCGAGCGGGAGGUGCGGCGGGUGGCGAGCGGCGCGGGCUGCGUGGUGAGCGCCGAGGGCCCGGCAACGGCCCCGGCCCGCGGGGGCCCGCGGAGCUGCAGCGGGGUGACCCUGAGCCGCAGCCCGGGCCUGGUCCUCUGCCACGGGGGCCUGCUGGCCGCCUUCCUGGAGGCGCCCGGCGAGGGGGCCGGCCCCUACGUGCCCGCCCCGCCCGGGCCCGACGUGCGCCUGCGCGUGCGCUGGGCUAACGCCGCCGCCGCCUCCCCGCGGGGGGCCCGGGCCGCGCCGGCCGACCUGCUGGGCCUGCUCCGCUGCCCGGCCUUCGCGGCGGCCUGCGGGCGCCUGCUAAAGGCCGGGCCGGCCGAGCCCUGGGCCGCGGGGGAGGAGGAGGAGGAGGAGGAGGCGGCCCGCUGGCUCGGCUGGUUCGCCCUGCUGAGGGUCCCCGAGGCGUCCGUGUCGGCCGCGGUGUCCGCGGUGUCCGUGGUGCCGGUGCCCGAGCGGGGCGCCGAGCUGCUGCUGUGCGGGUGCCCGUUCGGGGCCCUGUGCCCGGACCUGUUCCUCAACACGCUGAGCCGGGGCGUGCUGAGCAACCGGGCCGGGCCGCUGCUGCUGAGCGACGCCCGCUGCCUGCCGGGCACGGAGGGCGGCGCCGCCUGGGCCGGCCGGGACCCCGGGGCCCUGGCGGCGCUGGUGGCCGCCCCGCUGAGGGCCCGGCCCGGGGGCGGACCGCUGGGGCUGGCCCUCCUCUGCGCCGCCAGGCCGCUGCUCCACGCCGCCCUCGCCGGGCUCCCCCCGCGGGAGGCCCGGGCCCUCCGCGCCCUGCUGACCUCUGACCCCGGGACCCCGCAGGAGGGGCGACACCACCGUCACCGUCCCCACCACCGUGACCACCACCGGCGGGCCGUGCUGGUGGCCUGCGGGCCCGCCUGGGGGUCCGGCCUGGCCUGGGCGCCCCGCCUCGUCCUCACCUGCAGGCACGUGGUCGCCCACGGCACCCGCGUCCAAGUCCGACCCCGGCCCCCCAAGAGCUUGGAGAUCCACGGAAGAGUGGUGUUUGCCACCCGGGACACAUCCCCCUACGACGUGGCCGUCUUGGAGCUAGAAGAGGAUUUGCCGGAGAUCCCAGCGCCCGUCCUGGCUGACAGAUUCCAAGAAGGUGAGGAUGUGAGCGUCGUGGGCUUUGGGGUGUUCGGCCAGGCGUGCGGGCCCUUGGUGACUGCGGGGAUCCUGUCCGCCGUGGUCACUGUGGGUGAAGAACCGGUGAUGCUUCAGACCACCUGUGCUGUGCAUAGCGGCUCCAGCGGCGGGCCCGUGUUCGCCACCGACUCCGGACAGCUUCUCGGCAUCGUGGCCAGCAACACCAGGGACAACAGCACCGGUGCCACCUACCCGCACCUGAACUUCAGCAUUCCCAUCACCGUGCUGCAGCCGGCUCUGAGGGAAUACCUCCGGACCGGAGACCCGGCCAGCCUGGAUCCGCUAAAUCGGGCCGACGAACGGGUCCGGAGGGUCUGGAGGCUGCAGAGGACCGCCGCCAGUCAACCCCAUAGCAGGCUCUGAGUUGGCACCCGCGAGGGCCAGGGCAAGAGCGGGGCUAGAGGCUGGGCUUCUGUGGGAAAUGUCACCUUCUGAGCUGAUUCCUGUGACGGUUGGACUAUGUUGGCACCUCUGGGGACCACAGAAGCGCCUCUCUUCUGCUGCUGCUGCCUGACCAGCUCCCCUGACCAUCGGGGGGUUGGUGGGCGCAAGAAGGCCCCCUCCCCCAAAGAGCUGCACCCCCCUGGAGCCACUCUGUUGUCAGCCUUACACCUGGGGCCUUACUUGGGUGGGGAGAUUUCUUUCCACCUAUCCUGGAGCCAUUUUAGGGCUCCCUGUCCUCCCCUUCCUUUCAGUGGAGAUCCAGAGAAGCAGAAAAAGGGCCACAGCAGACCCCAGGGUAUUGGCUAUCUCUCUGUCUCCCCGCCUUACUGGUCAUCCAAAGCCUCUGGGUUCUGGUCUAUUACGAUUGAUGACGAUGAUGGUCUUCAAUCUUUGCUGAUCCCACAUGAUCUGGGUCAAGGAACCCGGGGCCCUCCGCUCCCCUCAAAGAGGCUGUGAUCUCCUGGGAGGUCACAACACGGAGGGGAAAACUGGGACUAGGACUUGUCUCUGAAGGUUGGAGGAAGAAGAACGCCAAGGAGGGGGAUUUGGGGAGGAUUAUUGCCAGCUUGCCUGGACCCCAACAUCCCCGCCCCAGGGUUUGUCCUGUUUUGCCCGGCGCCGGGCGGGGCGGGGGGCGGCGAAGCGUAGACCAAAGGCUGGAGCCCUGCCUCACUGGGCCCAGCUUGGCAGGAUUUGCAGGUCAGGAUGAACCCAAGCCAACCCAAGGUCUUGGCAGGCCGGUACUCCUCCCCCCAGCCUCGCAGCUCAAGGUAUUCCGGCGGUGGAAGAGACAAAAACGAAUCUUUAACUCUUGUUCUGGUUUUGACUCUGUUUCCCCGAGCUGAGUGAGUGGUAAAGCCACAACUGAGGAGAACAGGGAAUCAGGAACUUUAACCGUCCCUAUUGUAGCUUUGCUGCGGCAGUGGCCUUUUAAAGGGGUUGUGUCCCUCUAAAACUUCGGCUCUUGUUACUCAGGCGCAUUAAAAAAAAAACACGUUGGGAGUUGAA